UGGUUUGGAGCAGGUUGUCUUUGGUUUAGAAGAGAUUCACAUCAGUGGUUCCAAUAGGAAAUGACGUGGGUGCCACACCUGACCUCUUCCAGCUACACAAGGGGGAAAGAGACUCACGUUCCAUACCAGCCCAGUGCUGAUUCCCACAAGAUCGCUAGAGAAAACAUGGCUACUGCAAUUAGGGAGGUUGGAGUUUGGAGACAGACGAGAACACUCUUACUGAAGAACUAUCUAAUUAAAUGUAGGACUAAAAAAAGUAGUGUUCAGGAAAUUCUUUUUCCAUUAUUUUUUUUAUUUUGGUUAAUAUUAAUUAGCAUGUUGCAUCCAAAUAAAAACUAUGAUGAAGUGCCUGACAUAGAACUUAGCCCUAUGGACAAAUCUAUCCUCUCUAACCUAAUUCUUGGAUAUACGCCCGUGACUAAUAUUACAAGAAACAUCAUGGAGAAAGUGUCUACUGAUCACCUUCUUGAUGUCAUAGUUACUGAAGAAUAUGCAAAUGAAAAUGAAUUGAUAGUAUCCAGUGUGUCUAAGUCCACCAAUUUUGUGGGUGUGAUUUUCAAAGACUUCAUGUCCUAUGAACUACGUUUUUUUCCUGACAAGAUCCCAGUUUCUUCUAUUUAUAUGGAUUCAAGAGCUGGCUGUUCGAAAUCGUGUGAUGCUUCUCAGUAUUGGUCAUCCGGCUUCACAGUUUUACAAGCAUCCAUAGAUGCGGCUAUUAUAGAGUUGAAGACCAAUAUUUCUGUUUGGAAGGAGCUGGAAUCAACUAAAGCUAUUGUUAUGGGAGAAGCUGCUGUUGUAGAAAUAGAUAUCUUUCCCCGAGGAGUAAUCUUAAUAUACCUAGUUAUAGCAUUUUCACCUUUUGGUUACUUUUUGGCAAUUCACAUUGUAGCAGAAAAGGAAAAAAAGUUAAAAGAAUUUUUAAAGAUAAUGGGACUUCAUGAUACUGCCUUUUGGCUUUCCUGGGUCCUUCUGUAUACGAGUUUGAUUUUUCUCAUGUCCCUGCUUAUGGCAGUCAUUGCAACAGCCUCUUCAUUAUUCCCUCAAAGUAGCUGCUUCGUGGUGUUUCUGCUUUUUUUCCUGUAUGGGUUAGCAUCUGUGCUUUUUGCUUUAAUGCUGACGCCUCUUUUUAAAAAAUCAAAACAUGUGGGAAUAGUGGAAUUUUUAGUCACUGUGGCUUUUGGAUUUGUUGGUCUUUUGAUAGUCCUCAUGGAAAGUUUUCCCAGAUCACUAGUAUGGCUUCUAUGUCCCUUUUGUCAGUGUACCUUUUUGAUUGGUAUUGCACAGGUCAUGCACUUAGAGGAUUUUAAUGAAGGUGCUUUGUUUUCUAAUUUGACGGAAGGCCCAUAUCCACUAAUUAUUACUCUGAUCAUGCUAGUGCUUAAUAGUAUAUUUUACGUCCUCUUGGCUGUGUAUCUUGAUCAAGUCAUUCCAGACUUGUCAUUUGACAUAUAUGAGGGUCAGAUCACUGCAUUACUAGGCCACAGUGGAACAGGAAAGAGUACACUGAUGAAUAUUCUUUGUGGACUCUGCCCACCUUCAGAUGGAUCUGCAUCUAUAUAUGGACACAGAGUCUCAGAAAUAGAUGAAAUGUUUGAAGCAAGAAAAAUGAUGGGCAUUUGUCCACAAUUAGAUAUACACUUUGAUGUUUUGACAGUAGAAGAAAAUUUAUCAAUUUUGGCUUCAAUCAAAGGAAUACCAGCUAACAAUAUAAUACAAGAAGUGCAGAGAGUUUUAUUGGAUUUAGACAUGCAGGCUUUCAAAGAUAACCAAGCUAAAAAGUUAAGUGGUGGUCAGAAAAGAAAACUGUCCUUAGGAAUUGCUAUUCUUGGGAAUCCUAAGGUCCUACUGCUGGAUGAACCAACAGCUGGAAUGGAUCCCUGUUCUCGGCAUAUUGUUUGGAAUCUUCUAAAAUACAGAAAAGCCAGUCGGGUAAUAGUGUUUAGUACUCACUUCAUGGAUGAAGCUGACAUUCUUGCUGAUAGGAAAGCUGUCAUAUCACAAGGAAUGUUGAAAUGUGUUGGCUCUUCAAUUUUUCUCAAGAGUAAAUGGGGAAUUGGUUACCGUCUGAGCAUGUACAUAGACAGAUACUGUGCCACAGAAUCUCUUUCUUCACUGGUGAAACAGCACAUACCCAGAGCUACUAUGCUACAGCAGGAUGACCAACAACUUGUGUAUAGCUUGCCUUUCAAGGACAUGGACAAAUUUUCAGGUUUAUUUGCUGCUCUAGACACUCAUUCUAGUUUGGGUAUUAUUUCUUAUGGUGUUUCCAUGACAACUUUGGAAGAUGUAUUUUUAAAGCUAGAAGUUGAAGCAGAAAUUGACCAAGCAGAUUACAGUGUGUUUACUCAGCAGCCCCCAGAGGAAGAGCUGGAUUUAAAAUCGUUUGAUGAAAUGGAGCAGAGCUUUCUUAUUCUCUCUGAAACAAAGGCUUCUCUGGUGAGCACCAUGAGUCUCUGGAAACAGCAGAUGUGUACAAUAGCGAAGUUUCAUUUUCUUACCUUGAAACGGGAAAGUAAAUCAAUGAGAUCAGUCUUGCUUCUGCUUUUAAUUUUUUUUGCAGUUCAGACUUUCAUGUUUCUGGUGCAUCACUCUUUUAAAAAUGCAGUGGUUCCUGUCAAACUUGUUCCAGAUUUAUAUUUCCUAAAGCCUGGUGAUCAACCACAUAAAUACAAAACAAGUCUACUUCUUCAAAACUCUACUGACUCAGAUAUCAGUGAUCUUAUCAGCUAUUUCACAAGUCAGAACAUAAUGGUGACGAUGUUUAAUGACAGUGACUAUGUAUCGGCUGCUCCCCAUAGUGCAGCUUUAAAUGUGGUUCAGUCAGAAAAGGACUAUACUUUUUCACUUGUUUUCAAUACGACUAUGGUUUAUUCUUUACCCGUGUUGAUGAAUAUCAUUAGUAACUACCGUCUUUAUAAUUUAAAUGUUACUGAAAACAUCCAAGUCUGGAGUACCCCAUUUUUUCAAGAAAUUACAGACAUAGUUUUUAAAGUUGAGCUGUAUUUUCAAGCAGCUUUGCUUGGAAUCAUUGUCACUGCAACGCCACCUUACUUUGCCAUGGAAAAUGCAGAGAAUCAUAAGGUCAAGGCUUAUACUCAGCUUAAACUUGCAGGUCUUUUUCCAUCUGCAUAUUGGAUUGGACAAGCUAUCAUUGAUAUCCCCUUGUUUUUUAUUAUUCUAGCUGUGAUGCUAGGAAGCUUAUUUGCAUUUCAUUAUGGAUUAUAUUUUUAUGCUGUAAAGUUCCUUUCUGUGAUUUUUUGCCUUAUUGCCUAUGUCCCGUCAGUUAUUCUCUUUACCUACAUUGCAUCUUUCACCUUUAAGAAAGUUUUAAACACCAAGGAAUUUUGGUCAUUUAUCUAUUCUGUGACAGCCUUAAUUUGUAUUGUAAUCACCGAACUAAUGUUCUUUAUGGGUCACAUGGCUUCAGCGGUUCUUCAUUAUACUUUCUGCAUAGUCAUUCCAAUCUAUCCACUUCUGGGUUGCCUGAUUUGUUUCAUAAAGAUUUCUUGGAAGAAUAGUCAAAACAAUGAGAAUGCUUAUAAUCCAUGGGAUAGGCUUUUGGUGGCUGUUAUAUCGCCUUAUUUGCAAUGUAUACUCUGGAUUUUCCUCUUACAAUACUAUGAGAAAAAAUAUGGCGGCAGAUCAAUAAGAAAGGAUCCCUUUUUCAGGACCCUUUCCAAAAAGCCCAAAAGUAAGAAGUUUCCAGAACCACCCACCAAUGACGAUGAAGAUGAAGACGUCAAAGCUGAAAGACUAAAGGUCAGAGAGCUGAUGAGUUGUCAGUGUUGUGAGGAGAAACCAGCUGUUAUGGUCAGCAAUUUGCAUAAGGAAUAUGAUGACAAGAAAGAUUUCCUUACAAGAAAAGUAAAGAAAGUGGCAACAAAAUACGUCUCUUUCUGUGUGAAAAAAGGCGAGAUCCUGGGACUAUUGGGCCCAAAUGGUGCAGGCAAAAGCACAAUUAUUAAUAUUCUAGUUGGUGAUAUUGAACCAAGUUCAGGCCAGGUCUUUCUUGGAAGCUAUUCUUCAGACACAACUGAAGAUGAUGACUCCGCUAGUUGUAUAGGCUACUGUCCACAGCUGAACCCAUUAUGGCCAGAUAGUACAUUACAGGAACAUUUUGAAAUUUAUGGAGCUGUGAAAGGAAUGAGUGCAAAUGACAUGAAAGAGGUCAUAAGCAGAAUUUCGAAUGUACUUGAUUUAAAAGAACAUCUUCAGAAGACUAUAAAAAAGCUCCCAGCAGGAAUUAAGCGAAAGCUGUGUUUUGCUCUAAGUAUGCUGGGAAAUCCUCAUAUUACUCUUCUAGAUGAACCAUCUACAGGUAUGGAUCCUAAAGCCAAACAGCACAUGUGGCGAGCAAUUCGAACUGCAUUUAAAAACAAAAAGCGAGCUGCUAUUCUGACCACUCAUUAUAUGGAAGAGGCAGAGGCUGUCUGUGACCGAGUGGCUAUUAUGGUGGCUGGGCAGUUAAGAUGUAUUGGGACAGUACAACAUCUAAAGAGCAAGUUUGGAAAAGGCUACUUUUUGGAAAUUAAAUUGAAGGAUUGGAUAGAAAACCUAGAAAUAGACCGACUUCAAAGAGAAAUUCUAUAUAUUUUUCCAAAUGCAAGUCGCCAGGAAAGCUUUUCCUCCAUUUUGGCUUUCAAAAUCCCCAAGGAAGAUGUUCAGUCCCUUUCACAGUCUUUUUCUAAGCUGGAAGAAGCUAAACAUACGUUUGCCAUUGAAGAAUACAGUUUUUCUCAAGCAACACUUGAACAGGUUUUUGUGGAACUCACUAAGGAACAAGAGGAAGAAGAUACUAGUUGUGGCACUUUCAACAGCACGCUUUGGUGGCAACGAACACAAGAAGACAGAGUGAUAUUUUGAAUUGUGCUACUCCAGUUUCCUUGUUGAAAGUAUUUAUUAUUCACUUGAUUUGAACACUGGUUUAAAAGAUGUAUUAUUUAAGUAGUGACUGAAGAACCACGAAAGCAUUUGGAAUGAAGAAAAUGCUUAUUUCACCAGCUUUACUAAGCUCAUUAAUUGAAAUGCUGUGGUUGUAUGUUUUGCUUUCUGCAAAUAAAAUUUUCAUAUAAUUAA